AUGCCACAGUCCACAUUCAACAUGGAAUCAAGCAACAGUUUUAUCUUCAUAUCACUGCUGUUUCUUGCAAUUAUUUGCAUCGUUUACUGUCGUAAAAAGCUCUCCUACUGGUCUAGUCUCGGAAUAGAGCAGCUGCCAUCUCCUCAUUGGUUCUUCGGGCACUAUAAGGAAGGAAUUCUAUUUCAAGCAAGUCCAGGCUGGCAUUUAGGCCAGCUGUACAAGCGAGCUGGCGACGCGCCGCUCGUCGGCUUCUACAUCUUCCACAAGCCAUGUUUGCUUAUAAAAGAUCCUACGAUCAUCAAACAGAUAUUCAUUAAAGACUUUAACAAGUUCCCUGACAGACAUUUCGCGGGGAAUACUCAGAAAGACAGUAUCGGCUUGAGGAACCUGUUCGCUGUGAGGGGUAAGGACUGGAAGUAUAUGAAGCAGAAGAUGGGUCCGGUGCUGAAUAAGUCGUUGAGGCAGAUGCUGCCGCUCAUGACGGAGGCUGGGGAGCCGAUGAUGCGGCACAUCGACUUGAACAUGGGCAAGGAGUUAGAUAUGCAGGAUUUGGUUUACAAGUCGACUGCCGAUCUGAUCGCGAGCGUGGCGAUGGGGACGAAGAUUGACUCUUUUAGUGAUCCGAACGGAGAGCUACCUCGUCGUAUGUCGGAAUACUUCUACAGCUUCGAGCGCAUGCUGGCGCUCGUGUCCGUCUUCUUCAUGCCCGACGCCGUAGACUCGGUAAUCGGAUCCCUCCUCUUCUUCAAGUCUAAGUUCAUCAGAAAGGUGUUCUGGACCGCGAUGGAGGAAAGAGAGAGAUCGGGAGAGGAGAGGGGAGACUUUGUGGACCUCGCUAAAAAGAUGCAGAAUGAGCCUCAGAGCCCGUACGAAUUCUCUGGCGACAACCUGAUACACCAAGCCGGUACAUUUUUCUCCGGGUUCGAGUCCAGCGCCGCCACCGCCGCGUUCACGCUCAUGCAGCUUGCUAGGAACAGGUCUAUUCAAGAGCGGGCGAGGGCAGACGUCCAACGGGCGGUGCAGAAACACGGCUGGACUUACGAAGCCUUCGUGGACAUGAGAUACCUGCAGCAGUGCCUUCAGGAGACCAUGAGGAUACAUCCGCAGGUGUCCACCCUGGACCGCGUCGGCGGGGAGGACUAUCAGAUACCAAACACCAACAUAACCAUAAAGAAAGGCACAGCCGUGUACGUUUCCAUCUACGGGCUACAUGAGGACCCGCAGUACUUCGAGGACCCCGGGACCUUCGACCCCAGCCGCUUCGACCAGGGCAGGGGAAUUUCCGAGGCCUACAUGCCCUUCGGAGCCGGGCCCAGGAUGUGUCUCGGUGAGUUUCAGGUCCACGCCCAAGUUUCACCAGCUUGA